AUGCCAAAGUCAAACUCCACUGCUGUGACUGAGUUCCUCUUGGAAGGUUUCCCUAGCUUUGGGCGGCAGCACAGGCUCGUCUUCUUUGCUGUCUUUCUAACUCUGUACCUACUGACGCUCUCCGGCAAUGUCGUCAUUGUGACUAUUAUUCGCCUGGACCGUCACCUCCAUACUCCCAUGUACUUUUUCCUGAGCACGCUGUCCCUCUCUGAGACCUGCUAUACUGUGGCCAUCAUUCCCCGUAUGCUUUCCGGCCUCCUGAGUCCUCACCAGCCCAUUGCUAUCCAAGACUGUGCCGCUCAACUCUUCUUCUAUCUCACCUUCGGUAUCAAUAAUUGCUUCCUCCUCACGGCCAUGGGGUAUGACCGCUAUGUGGCCAUCUGCAACCCCCUACGGUAUUCGGCCAUCAUGGGUAAAGAGGUCUGUGUCCAGCUGGCAUCUGGGUCACUGGGACUUGGCCUGGGCAUGGCCAUUGCCCAGGUCACAUCUGUGUUUGGCCUGCCCUUCUGUGAUGCCCUCAUCUCUCACUUCUUCUGUGACGUGAGGCCCCUGCUAAAGCUGGCUUGCACGGACACCACUGUCAAUGAGAUCAUCAACUUUGUCGUCAGUGUCUGUGUCCUCGUCCUACCCAUGGGCCUGGUCUUCAUCUCCUACGUCCUCAUCAUCUCUGCCAUCCUUAAGAUUGCUUCAGCUGAGGGCCGGAAGAAGGCCUUUGCCACCUGCGCCUCCCACCUCACGGUGGUCAUCAUCCACUAUGGCUGUGCCUCCAUCAUUUACCUCAAGCCUAAGUCCCAGAGUUCCCUGGGGCAGGACAGACUCAUCUCAGUGACCUACACCGUCAUCACUCCCCUGCUGAACCCUGUUGUGUACAGCCUGAGGAAUAAGGAGGUCAGGGAUGCCCUGUGCAGAGCCUUGGGGCAAAAACCCCUCUCCUCUUAG